UUUUUCGUAACGCUGACUGGCCACAUCACUUAGGAGGAAAACAAGUCGCAAAAUCAUAUUCUGAUUGAAAUUUUACUUUUAUUUUGAUUUGGACAACUUUUGCCCAAGAACGCAAUCUCUGAUGCCCACAGACCGGCGAUGAAGCCCCAAACCAAGCGGAAGUCCUUUCCCUUCAACGCGCCACCUCCGGGCGGAGUAAUGGAGUUCGGAUUCGGGAACUGCAGCCACUUCAAUGCGAAUGGCUUCGGUACUCCGGCGGAGAACGACCUGGGAAAGUGGCAGCAUAAGCGGAAGUCGGAGCUGCAGGCGACGGCAGUGUUACCGCCCAAGAUGCUCAUCACCGAGGAGCGAAUCACCCAGCACUUUAGCGGACUUUCCCUCGAUCCCAAGAUUAACGUGGCCGCCUCUGCCGUUGGGAGCAACAACAACAGCGUGGCCAGCGUUACGGGCGGACUGGCCACAGACGAUAUACCGUCUACGAGCACCGGGAAGACCCACCAUCCGAAUCCCGCCUACCAGAUGGCGGCCAUGGAGCUGGAGCAGAAGCUGCGCAACGCCAACCGCAUUGUGAUCUGCGAUGGUCUAAAGCCGGCAACAGGACCCGGCUCGGUACCGCCUGUUAUCCCACCGGAGUGGCUGAUGAAAGCCAUACCACGUCCCUGCACCGCCCUGGUGCCCUGGCAGCCGUCGCCCUUGCAGAUCCCAAUGCCCGGACCCAAAGUUGUGCAACCCCUAGCCGUUACACCGAUGGUCGGGGAUUUGGCCGCCCAGGAGCUGGACGACUACGAUGAUCUGGAGUUCUUCGAGAACAACAACACGUGCAGUGUGAACCUUAACAAGUCUGAGCAAGAGCACAUGGACGAGGACCUGUAGCCAUUAGCCAUAUAUUCCUAAAGCAUAAGUGUAAAAGUGUAGAUUUGUAUGUCCGUAUCCGUAAGAACAGAUGAUAGCAUGCAAGAAUACUCCUCUCCUUACUUUGUAUUACUAAUGAAAAUAGAUGUAUGUGAUCCCAUUCGAGAGGCCAGUCGUGUAACGUUCGUUUUAAAAGUGGGCCUAGAAGUUUUUGAAGGCGGCCGUGAAAGGACCUGGCUUAAGUCUAACUUUAAGGAAAAACUAAUUGUUUUUAAUCUACAUACAUAUUUGUAAACUUGAACGUCUUAAGCUGUUUUCAGAAAAAGGGUACAAAAAGUAUGCAUACAUAUGGAGUUUAUCAAGUCCGAAAAGCUGAAUCUACAACUUUCAUUAGGAGUUCUUGUUUUUGGAUUUAAUUAUUUUGUGUAUUAUUUUAUCAAUAAAUAGAUGAGUUUAAAUGGA